AUGGAGGAUAAUAAAAAAAAUGGUAUAUUUCGUUAUGCAGAAGGGUACGACAAGUUUCUGAUGUUUUUUGGAACACUGGGAAGCAUUGGUGAUGGGCUGCAAUUCCCUUUGAUGAUGUACAUUCUUAGUGAUGUCAUUAAUAAAUAUGGUGAUGUCCAUACCAAAGUCACACUUUCUACUGUCGAUGAGUAUUCACUAAGGUUGCUCUAUGCUGCAAUUUUAGUUGGGGUAUCUGCUUUUGUUGAAGGACUUUGUUGGGCACGGACUGCAGAGAGACAGACUUCCCGUAUGAGACUCGAAUACCUAAAGUCAGUGCUUAAACAAGAUGUUGGAUUUUUUGACACCCAAGAAGCUGGUACCUCUACAACGUACCAGGUUGUUUCAACCAUCACCGCCGACUCUAAUGCCAUUCAAGUCACCAUUGGCGAAAAGAUACCGGAUACUAUCGCCUACUUGUCAUCCUUCUUCUUCUGCCACUUGUUUGCGUUUACACUAUCAUGGAGGCUUACAUUCGCCGCCCUCCCAUUCUCUGUAAUAUUCCUAAUACCAGCAAUGGGAUUGGGUAAGCACAUGAUGGAUGUAGGGAUGCUAAUGGUUGCAUCAUAUGAUACUGCUGGUAGUAUUGCAGAACAAGCAGUUUCAUCCAUAAGAACUGUGUAUUCUUAUGUUGGAGAGCAACAGACAAUUGAUAAGUUCAGCAAUGCGCUUCAAACAACUAUGAAACUAGGAAUGAAACAAGGUUUUGCUAGAGGACUAAUGCUCGGAAGCAUGGGGAUUAUAUACAUUAGUUGGGCAUUUCAGGGUUGGAUCGGAUCUCUUCUUGUCACUAAACAUAGAGAAAAGGGCGGUGAUGUUUUUGCAGCAGGAUUUAACAUACUCAUGGGAGGAUUGAAUGUCUUGACUGCACUGCCCAAUCUAACUGCCAUUUCGGAGUCAAAAGGUGCUGCCACUCGAAUCAGUGAGAUGAUCGACAGACAACCAACUAUCGAUUCUGAAGGUAAGAAAGGAAAGGCUCUAUCAUACGUUAGAGGGCAAAUCGAGUUCAAAGGAGUCUACUUUAACUACCCAUCAAGGCCCGAUAGCCCGAUUCUACAAGGUUUGAAUCUUAGAAUCCCAGCUAGUAAAACUGUUGGACUUGUUGGAGGUAGUGGUUCAGGGAAAUCGACAAUUGUGUCGCUGAUUCAAAGGUUUUAUGAUCCCAUAGAGGGUGACAUUCUUUUGGAUGGACACAAAAUAAACAAACUUCAUCUUAAAUGGUUGAGAUCACAAAUGGGUCUGGUGAAUCAAGAGCCGAUUCUCUUUGCAACUUCUAUCAAAGAGAACAUACUGUUUGGGAAAGAAGGAGGAUCGUUUGACGAUAUUGUAGCUGCAGCUAAGGAUGCAAAUGCACAUGACUUCAUUGUUAAGUUGCCAGAUGGGUAUGAAACUAAUGUUGGACAAUCUGGAAUUCAACUAUCUGGAGGGCAAAAACAGCGUGUUGCAAUAGCCCGGGCGCUAAUAAGAGAUCCUAAAAUCUUGCUCCUUGAUGAAGCAACAAGUGCACUCGACUCAGAGUCUGAACGGGUUGUACAGAAAGCCAUUGAUCAGGUGUCAGUUGGGAGAACUACUAUAGUUAUUGCUCAUCGUUUGUCAACAAUUAGGAGGGCCCAUCUGAUAUAUGUUAUUAAAUCAGGAAAAGUAAUCGAAUCAGGUUCACAUGAUGAGCUGAUGCAAAUGAACAAAACUCAAGGUGAUGCUGGCGAAUACUUCAAAAUGGUGCAAUUACAACAAUCAGAAACUGAAGUUAUGGACAUAUCUAGUACCAACAAUUUCCAAAGUCCCCAUAGAAUGGUGGUAGCAGCCAGCCCGAGAAGUGUGAGAUCAAGUGCACCAAGCACUCCAUCACUGAACCCAUUCAGCCCGGUUUUCUCUAUGGGUACACCCUAUUCUGUUCAGUUUGAUGCUUCUUAUGGCAGUGAUUAUGAUGAUAAUUUUAAUGAAAAAUCUUAUCCUGCUCCUUCCCUAUCCCGUUUGAUGAAAAUGAAUGCACCAGAGUGGGUAACAGCCCUAUGGGGGUGUUUAGGGGCUAUAGGAUCCGGUGCAAUACAACCAAUCAAUGGAUAUUGUGCUGGAGCUAUGAUAAACGUUUAUUUCCAGCCUGAUAAGUCCACCAUUAUUAAACAUGCAAGAAGGUACUCAUUCAUGUAUUUAGGUAUCGGCAUUUUCAACUUCAUCAUUAGUGUUAUCCAACAUUACAACUUUUCUGUGAUGGGUGAGAAGUUGACCACCAGAGUAAGAAAGAGACUACUUGAAAAGAUUUUGACUUUUGAGAUUGGGUGGUUUGAUAAAGAAGAGAACACGAGUGCAGCCAUUUGUGCCCGAUUAUCCUCUGACGCUAAUAUGGUCCGUUCACUUGUUGGAGACCGUUUAUCGUUACUAACACAAGCAUUUUUUGGGGCUGUUUUAGCAUAUGCAUUAGGACUUGUACUCUCAUGGAGGCUAGCACUUGUAUUAAUGGCUGCGCAACCACUCCUAAUCGGUAGUUACUAUGCUAGGAGUGUUUUAAUGAAAAGUCUAUCUGAAAAAUCUCAAAAGGCUCAACAGGAAGGAAGCCAACUUGCAAGUGAAGCCGUUAUCAACCAUAGAACAAUAACUGCAUUUUCUUCUCAAAAAAGGGUGGUAAGCCUUUUUAAGGACACGUUACAAGGCCCUAAAGAGGAAAGUAUUAGACAAUCAUAUUAUUCAGGAGUCGGACUUUUUAGUGCACAGUUUAUGGCAACAGCUUCAACUGCUUUAGCAUAUUGGUAUGGGGGUCGGUUAUUAACACAAGGACUAAUAGCUCCCGAGAGGAUUUUUCAAGCAUUUCUAGUAUUGUUAUUCACAGCAUAUACAAUAGCUGAUGCUGGGGCUAUGACUAAAGAUAUAUCAAGAGGAAGUAACGCUGUUAGUUCAGUCUUUGCAAUACUGGACAAGAAAACUGAGAUCGAUCCUGAUACUUCACAUGGUCGUGAUCCUGUAAAAGGGAACAUGAGGGGUCGAGUGGAAUUAAGAAAUGUGUUUUUUGCAUAUCCCUCUAGACCUGAUCAGUUGGUUUUUAAAGGGUUGAACCUCAAAAUAAAGGAAGGUACUUCAGUAGCACUUGUGGGCCCGAGUGGAUCGGGCAAGUCUACUAUCAUUGGGUUGAUAGAAAGGUUCUAUGACCCGUUGAAGGGCGUGGUUUACAUAGAUGAACGAGACAUAAAGGAGUAUAACUUAAGAGCAUUGAGGUCCAAUAUCGCAUUAGUGAGUCAAGAGCCAACUCUUUUUGCAGGUACCAUCCGUGAAAACAUUACUUACGCAAAACCAUACGCUGAGGAAUCUGAAAUCAGGAAUGCAGCAAUGCUUGCUAAUGCUCAUGAGUUCAUAAGUGGCAUGCAAGACGGAUAUGAAACAUAUUGUGGCGAAAGGGGUGUGCAACUAUCGGGUGGUCAGAAACAAAGAAUAGCAUUAGCUCGAGCCAUUCUCAAGGACCCUGCGAUUCUACUGUUGGAUGAAGCAACGAGUGCUCUUGAUAGCGUAUCAGAAAGCCUAGUUCAAGAAGCAUUGGAGAAAAUGAUGAAUGGACGAACAUGUAUAAUGAUUGCUCACCGUCUCUCUACAAUACAAAAUGCUGAUUCCAUAUCUGUCAUUAAAGAUGGAAAGGUGGUGGAACAAGGGUGUCAUUCUGAUCUUGUAUCUAUUCGUGGUGGAGCAUAUUUGAAUCUCGUGAAAAUGCAGCACAACAACUCGCCUUUCCAGCAUUAA